CGCACGGCUUUCCACCUGACUUUCCGAGUGCACGCCAUCCACCCGCGCACACACCACACUCAUCCACAACCGGUGAAGGACAUAAAGAGCCCAUCAAGAGGCGAUUGCACCACAUCCUGUCCAGUUUGCUCUUUGGCUCCUUCCAACAGAUUAGGCGGUGAGAAAGGCUCGAUAGCAAGAAGCACCUGACGAGGCCACAAGAAGCUGACACUCGGAUUCAUUUUUUUUUGGGAGCCCCACACCCCCCCGCCACAAGCACCACUUUAUCAACCGUAUCUUCAUGGCCACCCGUGCGCUGAGCGCUGUGCGCCAGACUGAGGUGAGCGAGAUGAACCUGGGCGCUGCGAGCAAGGGCAAGGCCGCUGAGGGCAUGCCUGCUGCUGCAGCCUCCAAGAAGCGGCGGUGGGAGGCCGUCGAGGGAAAGAGCGCGCCGUCGAGCGGAUCCGACAUGCCGGUGCCGUCGACGCGCGGCUCGCAGCGGCCGCGCAAGCGGUCGAAAACGUCUACGGCGCAGCCCAAGUCGCGGUCGCGGGCCAAGAAGCCGGUGGUGACCGACCAGGCCGUCGCCGACCUGGUGGCCAACACCAUUGUGCCGUCUGUGGUGCGCGAGCUCAAGGGCCUUCGCAUCAACGGCUCGCAGGUGACGUGCUGGGUCGACAAGCGGCGCGGCAACACCGGAAAGCACCUUCUCCGCGAGAACGUGUUCUACUGGCAGGUGCAGGCCAAUCGGCGCCACGUGUUCUCGGGCUGGCACUCGCCGGACGAGGUGGUGGCGCGGGUUCGGUCUGUGGUUGCCGACCACGAGGCCAAUGGCGGAACGCAGACUCCGCGGUCGGGGCGGUCGUCGGCGGCAUCGUCACGGGCCGGCUCACCGUUCUCGCGGCCUUCGGGACCGGCAACGCGGGCGCCGUCCAAGCAGCCGACGCCUGGCGGCUCGCCGCGAGCCUCGGCUUCCGGCAUGGCCUUUCCGUCGCCGUCGAGCAAUCUGCCGCCGGCGUCGCGGCCGUUCCACUCGCUGACCUUUGACUACGACGAGGCCGGCGUGCCUAUCAUCGAGCCGUACCUCAUGCCGCUGCGGUUUGGCGGCGAGCCGCUUGUGGUCUACAUCCACAACGAAAAGGGCGAGCACAAGAAGCGCAAGUCGGUGUACUUCUGGACAAUCGUGGCCGGCAACACCCGCCUGCUCCACGGAUGGUACUCGGCGCGAACGAUUGUCAAGCGCAUGCGGCUGGCUUGCCGCCAGGGCCCUGGCUCGUACAAGGAGGGCCGCCCGGUCAAGCCACGGCAUCUCGGCUCGCUCUACUCGCCGUUGGUCUCGCCGGCCGUCUCGCCGCGCUCCUCGCCGCCGCCGUCGGGCCUCGCUACCUACUCACCGCACGACGCCGCUCGUCUCCGCGACGCUGCGUCGCGGCUGCAGGGUCACGUCGCGUCGCAGCGGUCGCGGCUGUCGGCGCCCACCGCACCGCAUCCGCAGGAGCAGCCCUCGCGCGCGCGCCAGCCGGUUCGCCGCCGCAUCCGCACCUCGCGCUCGCGGCCGAGCGCUGCUGAUCCUCCCGUCGACGCGCUUGCCUACGCCAACCGCUACUACUGGGCGUACAUUGCCGACCCGACGGUAGUCCAGGUCGAGGAGGAGGCCGACCAGUCGCCGUACUCGUCCGAGUACGAGUACGUCGAGGCCGAGGUGUUCGACCCGGCGUCGUCUGCUGUCGCUGCCACCGGCGAGCUCUACGACGUCCUGCCCUCGCACGAGCGCGAGCUGAUGAAGUCGCAGUUCUGGGCCGCCCUCAAGCCGUCGACGGCGACGUCGGUCGACCCGCGCUCGACGGCCGAGUACGUCGAGUCGCAGGUCAACGCCGCGCUCGCCGCGCACUCGGUUGCCUCGGCUGGUUUUACCGCUCAGCUCGACGUUGCCCGCGGCGUGCACCCGCUCAAGCGCCACACCUACUACUUCCGGGUCUACCUCCGCGACGCGCUCUUUUUCCAGGGCUGGUACCACCCAGGCCAGCUGCUCGACCUCGUCAAGGCUGCCGCUGACAAGCCGGCGACAAAGGCCGUUGCGCCGAGCCUCUCCUCGCCGCCGACAGACUCGCCGGCCGACUCGCCGGUCAUUGUCGCUACCCGUGCUGUCGUCUCGUCUGAGCUCGAGUCUGCGCCGCCAUCGCCGUCGGUCGAGCUCGCGCCGCCCGUGCCGGCGUCUGAGGCCAGCUCGGACAUUGACGACGCGUCGGAUGUCGAGGUUGCCGAGAUCCAGGCUGCGCUCGUCAACCUGACGAUUAACGGCGAGCCGCUGGUGGCCACGCCCGGAGCCGCAACCACCCGCGCCGAUGGCCGGCGCCAGUGGUCGCUCUCGCAGCGCGCGCCCGAGGUUGCAGGCUCGGACGUUCUCCUUGCCGGCUGGUUCAAUCGUGACAUGCUCCUGGCCGCCGCCAACAUCCUCGCCGACGAGUCGCCCAACUCGCCCUUCCCGCCCUCUCGCGACCUUCCGGCCUCGAUCCAGCCGCACCUGCCGCUGCUCAAGCGUAUGGCCGCCGCCCUCGUCGGUGUCGUCUUCCGUGGCUCGCGCGUCGUGCCCUCGAUCCGCUUUGCCCGUGGCCUCUACCCCUUUGGCCGCGCCGUCUACCACUGGACCGUCGCCACCGCUAACGCCCACAUCACUUCAGGCUGGCUCGCCCUCCCGACUCUCCUCGAGAGGGUCAUCGCCGUCCUCGACGUCAACGAGCCCAACAACGACCCGGACUACUUUAUCCAGGCUCUUGGGCUCGACUCGCACCCGGCGCCCAUGGAUGAAGUCUCGGCCUCGCGCAAUCCUGUCGCUCUCCUCAAGGCAGCCUUUAUGCAGCAAUGAGCUGUUGGCAUGUCGCCUUGUCGCUUCUUGCGUGACGACCAAGCAUCAUCCCCCCUUUCCCCUCCCUCACCCAGAUCUCCCUAGGUCCCCUUGGACCGAACAUCAUCACUGCAACCUCUCCUCAUCAUCAUCAAGUCUCCCUACCUUCCACACUUUCUCUCUCUCUCUUUCUCUCUCUCCAUAAAGAACAAUUCCAAUCACA